AAUUGUCUAAUAUUUCAUUCUUCGACUUUCUCUAUCCUCAAAGCAACCGUGUCGUCGUCGUCGUCACAGCUUCUCCCCCUGGUAAAAGGAAAAAAACAAAAACAAACCAACACUACCAACGACCACCGUCUCCGCCGCCACCGCCGCCACCGCGGUCUUCGUAUCAGCCACCGAAUCCCCGAUAAUGGACGUCCAAUUUGUCGUAUUACACACCUCGCGUUGUUAGGGUUUGAAAGGGAUUGUAUUCGAGAGCUGUGAUUGUUUGAUUUGAUUUCUAUAGGGUUUGUGUGUUUUGAUUGAAUUUUGAAACGGGGAAGAUAGGAGGAUAAUGUGUAUACUGUGCGUGAUUCAGAAGUGGUCUCGACGGGUUGCUACCCUGCUUCCAUGGUUAGUAAUUCCACUGAUUGGUCUCUGGGCGUUGUCUCAGCUGUUGCCCCCGGCUUUCCGGUUUGAAAUCACGUCGCCGAGGUUGGGGUGCGUGGUUGUUUUAUUGGUUACCUUAUUCUGGUAUGAGAUUUUGAUGCCAAAGUUGUCUGCUUGGCGGGUGAGAAGGAACGCCAGGCUUAGAGAGAGGAUGAGGUUUGAGGCCAUCGAAAUGCAGAAGCUUCGGAAGACAGCAACUAGGAAGUGUAGGAACUGCUUGACUCCGUAUCGGGAUCAGAAUCCUGGCGGGGGACGGUUUAUGUGUUCCUAUUGUGGGCAUAUUUCAAAGAGACCGGUUUUGGACCUCCCUAUACCUCCUGGAUUGGGGCUUCCAAAUUCUGGGAUUUUGAGGGAUUUGGUUGGUAAAAGUGGGAAGAUAUUGAAUGGGAAGGUGUGGUCUGAUAAUAGUCGAAUAUGCAAUCAAGAUUGGUUAGAGAAUGGUAAUUGGGUCAGUGGGUCUUUUGCUGGGAAGUAUAAUUAUUGGCAGGAGAAUGGAGGCAGUUUUUUCAGCAGUGAUGACCAUUGUAUGGCAGAGACAUCUUAUUCAGGGGUUAUUUUUUUUGCCUGCAAGAUAUUGACAGCUUUUUUCUUGACCAUUGGACGGCUCUGGAGAAAGAUCAUUAGGGUUAGUUCAUCUGGAGAUGAUGAUUCAUCAGAUGCAGAACACAAGGGGAUGCUGGCUAAAGGAGGUGAAAAUGGGGUGAAUUUUAAUGAGAGUAGAGGAGAGAAAGCUCGCAGAAAAGCUGAAGAGAAGAGACUGGCUAGGUUAGAGAGGGAGCAAUUGGAGGAGGAGGAGAGAAAACAGAGGGAGGAGGUUGCAAGGUUGGUGGAGGAACGUAGGAGACUGAGGGAUGAGAAGAUGGAGGCUGAGAAAGAUCAUAGUAGAAGUUCAACUGCUGUCCGGGAAAAUGACAGUAAGAAGGAAGCAGAGAAAAAGCGUCAAGAAAGAAGGAAGGAAAAAGACAAGGGGUCUAGUAAAAGCAACUCGGAUGCAGAGGAACUGGAAAAGAGAGCGGGGAAGGAAAGUGAGCAGAAAUGGGAGUAUGACAGGAAGAGUGAGACUGAUCGACGGGAAUAUCACAGAACUGGUGUGGAAAGUUCGAAGUCCUAUAGCACAGAAAUGGCACAUGGGAGUAAGGGUGCUAUUGCAAACAAUUAUAGCCGAGGAAAUGCUGGAACAAGAUACCUGGACCGUAUGAGGGGUACUUUUUUGUCUUCGUCUAAAGCCUUUAGUGGAGGUAGUUUCUUUGGUCAAGGUGUGAAUAAUUCUACUACUGUUUCAAGAGAUAAUAAGCCUAAUGGUUCUGUAGAUUAUGUUCACAUUUCUACUAAUAAGAGAGAGUCAUCUCAGUCUGGGAAAUCAACUAUGAAUGGGGAUGAUAAGACUAUCAACCGUCCUGUAGUCGUUGAACUGCAACCAACAGCGGCCCCUAAAAAAUCAUGGCAACAAUUAUUUACUCGUUCAUCACCUGUUCCUCCGCCCACUAGUUCAAAUGUCAUAAGUAGACCAAAUGCAAAGUCCCAAACAGAAGUUCAAAGCCCUCCUUUUGCUGGUCACUCCUCGUCUGGACAAUCAUAUGAUAAUCCCAUUAAUUUUGGACUCCCAUCACCAUUUACUUUACCUACCUUUUCUUACAUACCAACUAGUACAAUUCCUCCAUUAACAUCUGAAGUUAUGUUUCCUCGCAUUCGAGAAACUUCUCGUGAUUUUUUACCAGAAGAGUCUGACAUUUUUGAAGACCCAUGUUAUGUUCCUGAUCCAGUAACUUUGCUUGGGCCUGUUUCUGAGUCACUAAAUAAUUUCCAGUUAGACCUAGGCACCGGAUUUGCAACAGACAUGGGAUUGGAAAAGCCACGUGCUUUAAAGAACGUAUCUGCAUGUGCUGAAAUCAACAGGCCAUCACCAAUUGAGUCUCCGGCACGAAUACGAGUCUCUGAUGAAAGGCAUUCUAAUUCCAAUCGAUGUCCAAGUACAACUAAGGCGCAGGAUAUGCAUACUUCACCAGCAGAUGAUUCGAGUAAUGCAAAUGAGAAGGGAACGUGGCAAAUGUGGAGCACUUCUCCUCUUGGUCAAAAUGCUCUAGGUUUGGUGGGUGACCCAGCCAGCUGGCUAUUACCUCCAGAACUAAACAGAUCAAAUAAGGAAGAUUUGGUGCAUCCUAUGUCCCAAAAGACUAUGGCAUCACUGUUUACAAAAGAUGAUGAAACCCUUUCUGGCACUCAUUCUCCUCGGAAGGUUUUCCCUGGCAAUUAUCAAAAUGGUGGGACCUUUGCUACUUCUAUUCCUGGUUCUACUGAUGAUCCUUGGUUACCAAAAGCUUUAUUUGGACCAAUGCCAGGCUCUGAAGUCCAUUUUUCUCUUAAUCCACCGGAGGAAACUUCUCAGUAUGAAAUGAUGUACCGGAGUCCCAAUGCAUCUGCAACUAACCAUCAAUUUGCAUCAGCUCCAGCCAAUUGGGCCAAUGGCAGGAAGGAGUGGGGGACUGUGCAGGGUUCGGGGGAAGGCAUCGGAAACUCAUCGUCGAACACAAGGGCUCAUAUUGGUGGACUCUAUUCCAACCCAAAUGUAGAGUCACUUUGGUCAUAUGAUUAAAAAGAGAGUGACAGAGAGUAGUUAUGAGUCGACUUGAAAAAAAGUACAAAAACUCUUUUGAAGGGUAAAAAAAGCCUCUUCUGGAAGAGAGUUUAGAAUACUGGAUCACUGUAUCUUCUUCCUUUCUCAUCUUUAUGAGAGAAAAUUUAAUUAACACUACUAGCAUGUUGGAAAUUACACGUGGAAUGCAUGCGCUAGUCAAUAGUUUAUAUCGUCA